AUGGCGUCGCAAGAGGGCAAGAGACCGACCGCGUUCCCGGAGCAGAUGCAGAGGCACAUGCCCGGCUAUGAGCACGAGAUGGAGCCCGCACCGCAGUACCUGGCGCCCAACUACAAGGGCAGCGAGAAGCUGAAGGACAAGGUGGCGAUCAUCACGGGCGGCGACAGCGGGAUCGGCCGCAGCGUGUCGAUCCUCUAUGCGCGCGAGGGGGCCGAUGUGGUGAUCGUGUACCUGCCCGAGGAGCAGAAGGACGCCGACACGACGAAGGGGUUGGUGGAGAAGGAGGGCAGGCAGUGCCUCUGCAUCCCCGGUGACCUCAAGAAGUCGGACUUCUGCGACAGCGUCGUCGACCAGACCAUCAAGCGCUUCGGCAAGCUCGACAUCCUGGUGAACAAUGCCUCGUCGCAGUGGGAGUGCGAGAAGAUUGAGGACAUCACCGACGAGCAGCUCGAGACCACCUUCCGCACCAACAUCUUCUCCAUGUUCUACAUGGCCAGGGCGUCGGUCAAGCACAUGAAGGAGGGUUCAUGCAUCAUCAACACCACCUCUGUGACGUGCUACAGGGGCAUGAAGACCCUGCUCGACUAUUCCUCGACCAAGGGCGCGAUCACCACCUUCACCUACUCCCUCUCGCAGAACCUUGUCGAGAGGGGCAUCCGCGUCAAUGGCGUCGCCCCCGGCCCCAUCUGGACUCCUUUGAUUCCCGCUUCAUUCAAGCCCGAGCGUGUCAAGACCUUCGGUCAGGAGGACUGCCCGAUGGGUCGCGCCGGCCAGCCCGAGGAGGUUGCGCCCUGCUACGUGUUCCUGGCCUCCAACGCCGAUUCCUCGUACAUCAGCGGCCAAGUGCUGCACCCCAACGGAGGCUCCCCCGUCCACGGAUGA